AUGACGGAGCGGUACAGCUUUUCUCUAACGACAUUCAGCCCAUCUGGAAAACUGCUCCAAAUUGAAUAUGCAUUAAAAGCCGCUGAAUGCGGUGCUCCAUCCGUUGGCAUCCGUGCUUCUAACGGCGUUGUGUUAGCUGUCGAAAAGAAGUUCAAUUCUGAGUUGAUUGAUGAAUCUUCAAUCUCCCGCAUUGAACCCAUAACCAACUCCGUGGGAAUGGUGUACAGUGGCUUGUCUCCAGAUUACAGGGUUCUUGUUAAACAAGCUCGGAAAUGCGCACAGGCUUAUCAGCUAGCUUAUGAUGAGUCCAUUUCUCCCGAGCAACUAGUUACCCGCAUUGCUGCUGUCAUGCAAGAAUACACCCAGUCAGGGGGUGUACGACCAUUUGGUGUCUCAUUACUCAUUGCUGGUUGGGAUCACAAUUCCGAUCGAGCCUAUCUCUAUCAAUGCGACCCUUCCGGCACUUACUUCCCUUGGAAAGCCACUGCACUGGGUAAAAACUCGUUGAAUGGCAAAAAUUUCCUCGAGAAGCGGUACAACGACAAGUUGGAGUUGGAAGAUGCGGUGCACGCAGCCAUUCUCACAUUGAAGGAGAGCUUCGAGGGUCAGAUGACGGAGAGCAACAUCGAGAUCGCUGUGUGCAAUGACACGUGUUUCCGCGUUCUGCAGCCCUCUGAGAUCAAGGAUUACCUAGCCACCAUCCCCUAA